AUGAUCGUCUGGGUUCACUUUCCGACACUCAAGGUUCAUUUCUAUCAUAAGGAAGUCCUGACGAUGCUAGGUAACUUAAUUGGAAGAACGAUCAAAUUGGACUUCCAUACUCUUCACCAGCAGGGAGCUAGGUUUGCAAGGAUUGCAGUGGAAGUGGAUAUCUCCAAACCUCUGGUUCCGCGGAUCUUCCUCGACGAUGAGUGGCAAAAAGUUGAAUACGAGAACAUUCCGAUGGUGUGUUUUGAAUGUGGGAAGAUCGGACACACCUGUCCUUGUUGUCCGAAGAGCCAUCCUCAAGAACCUGCAGGUGCGUUGAUAAUCACCAGUGAAACCUCACCGGAAGGUUCACCGCCGGCGAGCCAGACGGUCUCGGAAUCCCAACCCGGUUUCGGUCCUUGGAUGUUAGUUACCAAAAAAAAUUGGCGCAAUCACCGGGAAUCCUCCAAGAAAGGGAAGGUGGAAAAUGACGUUGGGACUCAAUCGCUGGGAAAAUUCGGGAAGAAUGGGAAAGGGGCUGGAUCAAUUAAGGAAAACGGGGAAUCCUCCUCAAAAAGAGUUAACAAUUCAGUAGCUACUCCGAGAUCUCCUCUUCUGGACAAUAAAGGUAACUCUAGCUCUCACAACGCGGGGAAGGGGGUGGAUAAAGGAAAAAGGAAAGUGGUUCAGGAGGAGCAAUCGGCGAGUAAGGGUUUGUUGGGGCCUAGACCUUUAGUUGUGUCUGACCAGGGACUGGGCCUAAAGCCCAGAAAUAUUGGCGAGAAAGCCAUAGCGGUUGUGGACUGUUCCAUGCCUACGCCAAACGCCUCCAAGCAGUCAGACUCCUGUUCAUCGAGCAUCGGGCUUAGGCCCAAGAACGAUUAG